AGAACAGAGUUUUGGCAUUUGGGUUGUGGGUUUUUUACUUUACUUGCUUGCCUGCUUGCUCUCAAUGAAGCAGCUACAUCAAAACAAGCAUGGAAAAAUAAGAAGCCACACAUGGAUAACGCCUGAACUCUGCUCUUUGCCCACAGGAAGGGGUGUCCGUAUAGCAGGCGGCCCAAGGCAGCGCACAAGGUAAGGGGUGAUGGCUGCCAAAGCAGCAGAUGGCCCUCCCACCGUAUUCACCCACAGGUUCUGAUGCUUUUUCCAGCUCCUGCACGUCACUGGUGUCAGUGCCUGUCUGCUCCGCCACACACUGACCUUUUGCCUGCUUUGCACAUGGAAACUGGUGGUGGUUUCAGUUUAGUAAGCCACAUGCCUUGAGGCUGUAGUGGAUGCAGGGCGAAGCUGGCUGUUGUCCCCAACGCUUACGUGUAAGUAACUGCUGUCGGUCUGGGGAAGCCCAGUGUGAAGCAGUGGAGAGCCUGAAUCUUUUAUGCUACAAAGCUGUAAGUAAAAAGUGCUCGUUAGAGCGUGGACUAAUAAAAGUGGUCAUGCAAUCAAGCUAAUUUGCUAGAGAUUAGAGCCUAAUUAAAACCAAAGAAGCGAGAGGGCUGCUAGCCUCAGUGCUAAGCACACACACAGAACAGCAUACACUGACAGCCAAGAGAAGCACUCUGGCUUUUCGGCAACAAGCAGCAGCAAACCACCUCGAAGGAGAAGCCACUCCUUCCCAAAGCUUCCAGCUACAACUUCACUCCAACCUGUUCUGCCUGUGGGUUGGGAUGAGCAAACCCCCAGCACUGGUGGAACAACAGCAAAAACUUCCAUUGACAUCAGUGGGUCCUGGACUCAUCUCACAGCCUAUUUUGUUUGUUUGUUAUGCAUUUCCUGUACUGCUCAGCUUCCAGAAUGAAUUCUGUGUAGUUUCUCAAUGGAAAAGGAAGAAAACAUAUACUUUCAGAGUUACUGCUUGUGUGUCACGCAGAAAUACUUGUCUUGAUUGAACCCUGGCGUAAUUAAGCUGGAAAUCAGUCAGUGCAGUUAUUUCAGAUCCAGAGAGGCUUGUUUCACUGCAAUAUUUAGCUGGUUGUUUUUCCCAAGUGUUAUGCCAGCCCCACUGGCUGGGGGAAGGAAAACAUUUAAAGGGCCAUCAUUGACCCAACAGAUCUGACAGCAAAUCCCAAAAGAUGUGCUGGGUGUGUACACAGACCAUGAGCUCCUGUCCCCAGCUCUGUUUGCUCAUCUCCUCCCUCAUGGUGUGGGUGCUCACCAGGGCCCUCAGACCUGCAUGAGGUUCCGUGGAGCCAAGUGCUAACCCUUGGAAGUCAACAGGCACAUGGCCAACAUCAGGCGCUUGUAAAAGGCAGCCAGUGUAAUGAAAACAGCUUCACUUAUUCACAACAGAUUGUAUUAACCCGUUCCCAGCUAAACUGGGAAAGGACAAUAAUUUCACAUAUUAAAACAAAAGGAAGCAGGGUGUUCUGGUGACUAAUUUCCUUCAAAUCACGUCACGUAGGUCAUCAUCAUCACAGGUCUCUUGUCUUGUUGACCAGCACUUAGGUAGAUACUCAUAUAGCAGCUGUUAUUUUCUGCUGUGGAUUGUGGUUUUCUGCCCAGCAGCAAGUCCAAUUUCCGGGGAAACUGGGAAGCCAACUCCUAUCUACGCAAAAGAUGAACUGUGUUUCCUGCAACUUUGUGCCUCUAACGUUACCGGUUGAGUAACAGCCGGACACAACCGUGUCUUCUGUAAGGAAAUAUGCCAACAGUUGCUGCCUAGAAGUGAAUAAAAAGUACUUUUGCUUUUGAAUGAGUUGAAGCUGCAAUAACAGUCCUGUCCAAUCAAAGCUUACUCUUCUCGACAACAGGAUGCGUUGCUCUGUUUAAGCGAGGAAUAGCGUUGUUUUAGUCAGUACACGUACUUUGCUUCCCGUUGGGAGUGUUGCACAAAAAAAAAACCCUAAUUUAUUGCGUAUCAAAUAACUAAUCCAGUGCGUAUUUAGAGAUUUUAUAUACAGGGAUGUUUUCUAAUACCAUUUGUGUGGAAAGAAAAUAUAAGCUAGCGUGAUCUGUUUAUUUAACCAUGUGAGCUACAACAUUAAGGAGAGUGCCCUCUGAAUAAGAGGCUGCAUUGCUGUUAGUACUAGCAGAGUCAUGUCUAUUGAGGGUCUCGAUGCUCCUGAUUUACGGUCAGAAAAGUUGACUGUCAGAAAAUGUUCAUUCUGGUGGUACAAGACCUUUCUUUGUCCUUCAAUCUCCCUGUUGCUUAAAAGGCAAUUACUGAGAGCAACGGUAAGAUUUAGCCUAAGGACUUCUGCAUUUGCCCCCUGCUAAUGGUGUGCUGGGAUCCUGUCAUCUGCCAAGACGCAAGCAGGGCAGCAGUAACUCUGAUGCCUGUCACUGCUUCCUUCAUUCCUUCCCUACUCCCAUCUUGAGAAGUCCGUUCCUCCAUGUCAGGCUGUGCUAAUGAAUAAGAACAGAUUCUGAGCUCUGUGUCUUGCAGGGAAAGCAUCAGCUGGGCUGACACCAGUGGUGCUGCUCGGCUUUGACCCUGCCUGAGGACAGUCCACAUCCACCUCCAGAUCAGCCAAGUUUCCCAGGCUGGAGAAGUGGGUCACUGUGCAUAGCAUACAGGGCCGUAGCAGAGGUGUCCUUCCCUCCCUGUGGGCAGAGAGCUUUCCUGCUGCCACGUGAAGCUGCCUUUCCACCUCCUGGACCGUGUCUGGCUUCUGCAGGCGGAAUGCUGGGACCCAGUCCAGAAAAGCAGGAAAGCAGCUCGGUGCACGCAGACAGCUUUACUCAUCUCAUGGAACAGCAGAACCGAUUCAGAUUCUUUCAUCCAGUGCACCCGGCCUCUGCAGCCCCCCAGCAGCAGCACCAAAGAGGGAAUGCAUCCUCAGUUCAAUCCCCUGCUCCCUCACACGCUGUCAGAAGCAUGUAACCACAACAACCGGCUUCAUCCUGGCUUUCUAGGGAGAGCAGAGGUGACAACUGCUUAAAGAGAAGGGAGGAGGAGAUAAUACUCGAGAGCUGUGCUGUCUUGUUUCCAGCCUCAAAUGCAUGCUCCGGGUGAAAACAUCUAAACUGUUUUUCAGAUUCGCAUCCCUUUCAGUGGGACCACUGAUGCUCUCAGGCUAACAGCAUUUUUAGUUCUGUACUCUUAAAAAAUGAAAUCCAAGCUGAUUGUAAUGGCUUUAUUUCCGCUGAAGAAUAUGGUUUACAGUAUGGAUAUAAAGACUGUCUUCACCUGAACGACAACUGGAAAGGUUCAUAUGCUUCAGUAAAGCACUGCUGGUUUGUUACAGACAGUAGUAUGCAUAAGCCUAAAUGUACUUUGCUAUUCCAAUUACAUGAUCGGCACUCAUGAAUGGGAGCCUGAGCUUUAUCUCCACUGACCCUGAGAAGCCCCUGGAGAUUUAUGAUGAAAUGAAGCAUAUGUUUUCUGGUGAUUUCUGGAAAAUGAAGAAACAACAACCACUCGUUCUGAUCUUCUCGGGAAACAAAGUGAUAUAUCAUCAGAGCUUCCAUAUUGCCGCAGGGGAAUUUGGAGGGUCCCUACUUUUACUCCCUCAGCACACGCGGAUUUGGCAAUGCUAUGCAGAUGAACAGCAAUUCUGGCUCUUGCCGAUAAAUCAGACCACUUUAAUAGGCUCAGGAAAAUGAUGUGGAAUGUAAAGUGUUCUGCCCUUGUAACCAGCACGGUGGAGCCGCAGGACAUGUUGGAAAUGACACAAUGAACCACUGUGUGCUCUUAUUUGCAGAGUACCCGGACAUAAUCAUGUGGGAAGGAGUGCAGAAGCUUUGCAUUUCCUGGAAACAUUCUCAUCCGAGGGCAGCUGUCAGUUCUUUAGCAAAAGAGGUGGCUGAAGGACAGAGGGAGAAACCUAUGAGGAACAAAAGCAUCCAAGGAGCAGCCAGCAUGAUGGACUACGGUAAUUAGGAAGCUCUAAGACCUGUCUAACAUUUUAGGAGAACAAACUGAACUCUGGGCAGUGCCAGGCACAGGGUGUGUGAACCAGGCAUGAAGCCAUCCACGCCCAACAUUCCACAGCCACCCCUCCAGCCUCUGCCCAGCAAGCUGCACAACAGCCCCAGCACCAACUGGUAAACCAGAAGGUUUGAGAAGGGUCUGUCAAUGAAGUGCCGUGCAAACGGAUGGAUACAAAUUCUCUUCACUUGUGCUCUUUUAAGCACAUGUGCAUUGCAGGUCUCUUUUGACAUCUCAGGAUAACGGAUAUACUGUAAAUAAGCACUAAUUUUAAGUCUUGAUUACUUUAUGUUCUUGAGCUACAAACUUGUUGAUGGUGUUUUCAGAGCUAUUCAAGAACUCCCUUUUCUUCCUUCUCCAUCCUCACGCAGCACAAUUCUCCAUUUUCUUUUUGAGUCACUCCCUCUUGCUCCUUUCUUCGAUUAUUUUAUUCUCCAAGACUUUGGCAAAAGUUAUCAUUCCUGAGAGAGCACCCAUGGUGCAGGAACUAUUUGAUUGCAUUAGAGAGAUGGGCUGAGAUUAAUGUAAACCACAGAGAGUGGAUUAGGAGAACAAUGAAAAAACUCUAAUGAGGUUUGCACAGCCUAGUUCACUUGAGGAGCAAAUUUCUUGACACUUCCCCUUGGAGUUCAAGAUGACACUUUAAUCUCACUAUUAAAAACAUGACCUAAGGAUCGACCAGGGUGGAGCAUGGGAAACAAUGUCCUUUUAAUUGUCUACUCUGGAGUAACAAUCUACUUAUGAUAUAACAGCCCUUGCCGUCUGGCUCCAGGCGAGUCAUACUCCCUUUGAGAGGGUUCUGAGAAAUGUUACUUUCAGUAGGUGGUACAUGACCAAAUUCCAGCUCUUAUCUUGGUUUCAGCAUGUGUGCAGUGAGAGGGACAGGCUUUUCUCAGAUCUCACCAGCCAAAUUACUUCUCAGGGCAUACCCAGGGCUUUCUCAGGGUUGCGUCAGUCUUCCCGCAGAAUGUUAAUAGUGCCCCUUCUAACAGUGUAGAUAGAGUUUGAGGCUGCUUGUGAUCUCCCAGAAAACUCACAGUGUUCCUCAUUUAUCUGUUCUGCAUUUUCUUUACCCAGAUUGUUCUAUCUCACUCUGCGGAGGAAUCACUUUCAGUUUCAUCAGCUGUCUGAUUGCUCUGUAUAGGCUCUGUUUCUGCCAUCUGAAAGAACCCAGAGCACAACAUCACUAGGUAGGAUGUGCUUCAGUGCUCAGCCAGGCCCAGGGGGCCUCUCAGCAGGACGUGCCUGGGACACAGGUAACAAAUGGAUGUUCUCUGUCCUCUGGAGGAAACGUGUCUACACCAGAGGCCACGCUUUCAAGCUGUUGGAGACACACAGCUGUCAAUUUCUCCCUCAACAACCACCACAAACACAAUUAUGGCUGACUGAACUUAGGAUUUUUAAAAUCCCUAUUGUUAGUAAAACUAAAGAUUGAUGUGAAUGGGGGUUGGCAUUACCUUCUACAUGCCAAAGACAAAGGAUUAUCACGCAUGAUUGACUCUUUUGUGACUUCCUGAAAAAAAAAAAAAACUUUCUUACACUUAGCAAAUGUCAAGACUAGGAAAGUUAGUCUCAGGUUUGUCACUAAUGAAAUGGCCUCAGCUCAGUGCCCUUGCUGAGUUUUUGAAGCUUUGUUCCUCGAGUCAAGUAAAUGAUGCACCAGGAAGGUGUAGAUGCGUGUGAUGUGCAUCAGGGCAGAGCGGUGGUUGGAUGCACGUGAAUGACAGGCUAAGCACAGCUGCAUGGGUUUCCAGCCGCUUGGGCUGCCUAUAGAUCAUACUUCGUGUAGGUUUCAUUGUGUUGGGUUUUCAAAAGCGCUCUGAAGCAAUGGACCCGUCCAGAGCCACGGCACCACAGCCAGCGGUGGUUCUGUCACAUGCCCUAAACAUUUUGCUUAUUUUUCCAAUGAAUUAUUCGGGAUGUUGGUUAUUAGCCUGAUUUUGAGGAAAUGAGGCUGAGGCAGCUGCCUGUGUGGGUUAUCAGCUCCCCGUGGCAUCUCUUGAAGCUCUCAGCCCCAUUUAGCCAAACCCCACAGACGUGCAGGUCUCCCCAGCUGCGCAGUCUGGGACACAGGGCAAGCACUACAGCAGGAGAGCAGUGCUCCGGAUGCUACCAGCCAACGACCACUUCUAUUCCCAUUUCUGUGCGGCUACACGAGCAGUUCGCUAGGAGUGAGGCUCAAAGCCCCGGGGAAGCCCUCAUCCCCAACGGCCUGCUGUGACCAGAGCCACGCGGGGCUGUGAGGGAGCAACGCGGCCUCAGCUGCAACCGGCCCUUUCCUCAGGAUGACCCGAGUUGGAAGGCCCGAGAGCGGCACGGAGCGCUGGGGGACAGCCCCGAGCUCGUUUGAAAGCUGCGCUGCUCUUCGUGAGCUGUAGUUCCUCAAAGGCGUUGCGGGAGGGCAGCGGGUCGGCCGCUUCGACUCCAUCCAUCCCAACGCAGGUUAGCUUCUCGCCGGCGUCUCUGAUGCCAGAACAAGGCCCCAGAAUGAACGGUUUCUCUCUGGGCGAGCUGUGCUGGCUGUUCUGCUGCCCGCCGUGCCCCAGCCGCAUCGCUGCCAAGCUGGCCUUCCUGCCCCCGGAGCCCACCUACACCGUGCUGCCCCCCGAGCAGCAGCAGGAGGCUGGGGCGGCCUCUGGGGCUGCCACCCCCACGGGAUCGGGCACCUGCAGCCUGCACCUGAGCGAGCGGGCGGACUGGCAGUACUCGCAGCGGGAACUGGACGCCGUGGAAGUGUUCUUCUCCCGCACGGCUCGAGAUAACAGGCUGGGCUGCAUGUUCGUGCGCUGUGCGCCCACCGGCCGGUACACGCUGCUCUUCUCGCACGGUAAUGCUGUGGACCUGGGCCAGAUGUGCAGCUUCUACAUCGGCCUUGGCUCCCGCAUCAACUGCAACGUCUUCUCUUACGACUACUCCGGCUAUGGGGUGAGCACCGGCAAGCCCUCUGAGAAAAACCUGUAUGCAGACAUCGAUGCCGCCUGGCAGGCCCUCAGGACAAGGUAUGGCGUUAGUCCUGAGAACAUUAUUCUUUAUGGUCAGAGUAUUGGUACUGUCCCUACAGUAGACCUGGCAUCUCGGUACGAGUGUGCAGCAGUAAUCCUUCAUUCUCCUUUGAUGUCUGGAUUACGGGUAGCAUUUCCUGACACUAGGAAAACCUAUUGUUUUGAUGCUUUUCCAAGCAUUGACAAGAUAUCUAAAGUCACCUCCCCUGUGCUGGUAAUCCACGGUACCGAAGAUGAGGUGAUCGAUUUCUCCCACGGCCUGGCGAUGUAUGAGCGAUGUCCACGAGCAGUAGAGCCACUCUGGGUGGAAGGGGCUGGGCAUAACGACAUAGAGCUUUAUGCACAGUAUCUAGAGAGACUAAAACAGUUCAUAUCUCAUGAACUUCCCAACUCCUGAAGAAGCCUACCUGAUUUUACCUCAGUUACUGUGAACGGCAGAAAUUACCUGGUUUUGCACAUGCUUUAACUGGAUAGCUGUCAUAGCUUUAUACUAUGAAGAAAUACCCUGUCUUUAGGGUGUUCUAAUCAAACAUCUGAUGAAAUUUGUCUUUUAUAUCUGAAAAUUAUUCUACUAAUGCACACAAUAUGGUCAACUACUGUAAUUCCAACAAUUUUUAGCUUCGUUGCCCUGAAAGAAGUGGGGAUACUAGCUGCUCAUGGGGACACUUUUUACCUAGUGCUGUAUUAAUUGAAGAUGGGUUUUCUCUGUCUCACUUCUGAUCGUUUCUAAUUCUGUCCUACAAAGACUUUUUUUUUUCAAUGUUCUCAGUAUGUAGAACACAACUGUUAUGAGCUACAGCUUGUUCUAAACCAUCGGCCGUGGGUUCAAUCUAAGGGAGUACUUUCUUUGUCAAGUUUCUAGCUGUGGUAUUGUAACUGGAAAGUUAUUGUGAUGAAGUCCCCCCCGCCUCCCUUUUAGUGUUCUUUUGUUAACUUACUGAUCUUCCCAAGUAAAUUAUUGAAAUAUACUUUUUUUCCUGAUAAUAAGCAAACUACUAUAUGGGGCUAAACUCUGUAAUGACUUCUCCAUUACCUGUAUAAACGUAACUGGAAUAUUCUCGAAGGAACUAUGGACAAAAUGGCUCUUGUUUAAAGAUAAAUGUGUAAAUUUACUACUAGAAAACUCAUUUUAAUAUUCAGAUGGUCUGAAUAAUAGCCAUAACAGACAUUUCCUUCUGUAAAGCAUUCCUGUAGACUUUUUAAAAGUACUGUACAUAUUUGAAUUUACAUUGUGCAUAGAUUCUUAAUUGGUAGUUUUAAGUUAAGCCUAGCUACAGUAAACUGCAAAAUUCCGGUUUGUAUAUGAUUGAAUACAUUUUGUUAAAAUAUGUUUUUAUCCCUAUAUUAUUUUGCUAUUAAAGUUUUAUAAAGUUUCCAGGACAAAAAAAAGAAGAAAAAAAGAAAAAAAAAAGAAAAAAGGAGAAAAAAAAAGAAAAAAAUUUACACAUUUAUGUUUUGAAGAAUUUAUGUAACUAAAUUUUCAUUGAGCUGAUCUUUUUAGUUCAGGAGUGAUUUGAUUCUCUGACACUGGAAUCGCACAGAUGAUGCAUCAGAAAUGCAAAACACUUACAAUUGUUACACUACUAGCAUAGGUCUAAUUUUUUCCAAAUGUUAAGGCCUUAAAUGUACUGUAAGCCUCAGAUUGUUGUACACAUUGAUCGCGGUUGAUUGCAGUUUGUGUCCUGUUGCUGGAAUGCAACACAGUGAUUGUAAUGGAAUAAAGGAUGCAUGGAUUAGA